AAUCACGUGCUCUUUGACUCGGCUUAGCAGUGAAUUACACUGACAGAGCCAGUCACAGAAUCAUCCAAUCAACAACAACAACGACGCUUUUACAAAUGUAAUUAAAUGAAAAAUACUUACUCAUUCUGAUUGUAUUGGAAUUAGUUUUUAGGGGAAAUGGCUGCGGCCGAUGUAAAGCCACAAGAGAUCUAUAUGGAGAACGUUAAACUUAAGGAAGAUAAUGAAAAACUCAAACGUUUUAAAGAAGAAGUGGUCUAUCACCUUGGUAAAGUCGACCACAUUCCAAACACGGAUGUGGUGGAUGCAGACAAAAGCUAUUCUAAUCUUCACUUGUCCCGCAGUCUGGACGACCGUUGGGGCACCACAGAUGAUCUGGUAACCAAUACUAAUACGCAGCACAAAAGUGGAUGCAAGAAAGCAGUGGUCAAGGCGCUGUGGAAACUGCUGCCGAUUGCUGUUAUGGUUGUCUUAGUGGUAGUAUUGUAUGUUGUGACGGACACACGAAAUCAAAGUACCCUUCAGUCUCUAACGUCCGCUAUCUCCACCAAGCAUGGACAAUCUGGGGUCAUGUUGCCGUUUGCCGCCAAACAGGUUGGAAACAAUGAUGGAAACACAGUUCAAGAUACUGUGCUGAAGUAUUACUUGAAUAUAGGUAUGCGUCAGGACUACCAGUUACAGGAAUGUCAAGGUUCAGAAUUUAAACAAACUUUUCCCGACGUCGAUUACGCUCUGCUUGGCUACAACAUACUGAAAGGAUUCCCACUCGCCACCGGUCACGACCCUGGUUUCACAUACCCUAUAUUUCGCCACGAUUAUUCUUCUGGAGGAAUGACCGCUGAUUGCCGAUACAGUGUACCACGUGGUCUUGUAAUUAUACCGGAUGUCUCGUGUGUAACCUCGUUUUCAUCAACGACAAUUCAAACAAAAUACGAGUUUUCAAAGUCGUUGUCAGUUUCCGCUGGUGUAAGUGGAGGUGGGUGGGGAGUGAGUUUUUCUGCAAGCGCAGGAUAUAAGCAAUCGUCAUCGGAAAUGUCUUCUGGAGAAUCUGUCUUCAUCAUAUCGUCGGCCAAUUGUAACUACUAUUUCAGUAAGCUGAUAACUGAAGGGGCACCGGAUUUUGACCCCGUCUUUGUUAAGUGGGUCCAUAAGCUAAAUGCAACAGACUGGAAUCCUGAACUAUACAAUGAAUUUUUCGAAACAUAUGGGACCCACUUUCCAACAGAGGUAACAUUUGGUGCGAGAUUCAUCUACGAGCAUAAAAUGUCGUCAACUAAGUACGAGAGUGAGACGAAGCGUGGUGUUAAUGUGGCUAUCCAAGCCAGCUAUUCAGGACUGUUUAGUGCAGGCGGUGGUUUUGGUAUGGAUUCCGACCAAAGGCAUUCCGCAUCUGCCUUCUCACAAUCAGUCGAAACCAAGACAAUAACCGUUGGCGCAGCCCCUCCAUCAAAUGGCGAUGCUAUGACAUGGGCGUCAGAAGUUAAAACGAGUCCUGUACCAACUUCGUAUAAAUUAUCUUCUAUUGAGCUUUUGUUUACAAAAGGAUAUAUGGGGAAAAUGAAUGUGGACUAUGACAGAAUUCGUACUAAUAUCGACACUAACAAACUCAGAUAUUGUUCAUACCUUCGAGACGAAGGGAAAGUUGAUUCAUGUGAUGAUUUGGUUGCUGGAGUUGAGUUGAAGAAAACCAAAUUGCAUAACCACUAUAAGGAAACACAGGUAGGCUUGAGUUCUGAAUGUGUGGAGACAUGCCUGGAAGAUGUAGAAUGCGUUGGUGCAACGAUAUGCACGAAUUGCACCAGUAAUGAUAUACAUUACAAUACUUGCUAUAUGUUUAAAGAGAACGGGAACAACGCCUACUCGGUCAAAGCUGAAUUACCGACUUGGCAAAGUAACAUAUUUUCAGAGAAGUUAAAGUCUCAAAUAAAAUUCAGCGAUACAAGAAUAAAUGGUGUCGCGCGGGGCUUUGAAAAUGAUGAUGACAAAAAGGCGAACCUGACAACAUGUCUUAAACUUUGCAUCCAAGAUGCCCACUGUGUGGCCUAUACGCACUGUGACUGUCCGGAUAAAGUAGCACAGUGUACCAUGUACAGCAAGGUGUCCAUUUCAGGCCUGGAAAGAGAUGAGGGGACAACAACCUUUUUCAUUACGAGCCGUCAUGAAAUGCCUACAACAUCACCAUCGCCUACAAGCAGGCAAGCACCGACUACAGUCAUUGGGCUAACUACAACAUCACCAUAACCUACAAGCAGGCAAGCACUGACUACAAGGUCAUCGGGUAACUAGCCUGUUGACAUGACUUGACCAAAUCCGGUUUAUCUGGAAAUAGAUGUUAUGAACUAACGCCAAGUAGACGAACACUUAUGUCUUACAUUAUUUUUAUAUGUGACAUGUUGUGAUCUGAUGCUAUAUGAUGUUUUAUUUUAUUUGUUGUUUUGCGCAUAUUUGUUGUGUAUCUCUUAAUUACAGUGCUGGAUGCAUAGCUAGAUUUUAGUAUUGUUUAAUGAUUUAUAAUUAGUAUACGAGUAUUUUUAUAAUAACUGUUAUAUAAAGAUAUAUUGCAUAUAUAUUGAACGGUUUUUUUCAUUAAGAUAACAUAUACACUGUAAUAUAGAUUUUUGUCUUGCACUCUGUGAUUUAUUGACGUCACAUGUGCACUCAACAGUUUGUAGUUUGUUAACCUUGUUCUCACGCAGUGUAUAUUUUCAGUUUCCAAGUUGUGUUCUUUCUACUAGUAUUAUGAGUGUAUGAGCCGCGCCAUGAAAUUUCUUACCUUAUAGUAAUUAUGACAUCAUCGAGAAAAAUGACGUCAAAGCUAUGUUACGAAAAAUUAAUUGCGGCGCCCUUGAAAUAACAACGUGAAAGGUAAAGACAAUAUAGGACUUAAUUGAUGCGAGUAUACAGUGUUGCUUUACGUAAUAAAAAUUAAAUAAAAUGUGCAUGUCUGUUUUAUAUCGUUUUUGUUUUCCUUACUUGGAAAUAAAAUCAAUGUCACCAGAGCGUAAUGCCGACGUCACAUACAUGUUUGCAACUUAAUUUACAUAUCUAUUUUGCAUUAUGAUACCCAAUUAUGUAUACAUUUUCUAAAAGGUAAUAAAACGAGCUAUUCGAUAUUGUAUAAAACUGAAAAUGACCAAAAAUAAUCAUAAGGUAUAAAAAUGCUUGACGCGGCUCAAAUGUUUUGGUACAUUCGUAAAUUGUCUUUGUAAUAGUAACAUGUGACUCUUUGUUAAAUUUGAGGAAAUAUAGUUAAAAAACAGUCACAUAAAUCCAAUUGUACUCGGUGUUAGCACUUGUGUUUUCACUUUGUUAUAUGUUAUGUGUACCUAUUGUUAUUAGUUGCACACUAAGCAUGAAAUUGAAGCCACGUACUUUUGCUUGCAGAUUAAGUAGGCUCCUUAUAUUGUAGAUACAUGUAUGUACUGUUUGAUACAAUAAAUAACCUACCACCAAA